UGUUUUAGCUUCUUAUCAUCUUGUUUUUAUGGUUUUUAAACGAUCUACAGCGAUCUUUUCGCUUCAUAUGAUCGUGUUUUGAUGGUUUUUAAACGAUCUACGGCGGUGUUUUAGCUUCCUACGAUCGUGUUUUAAUAACUUUUAAACGAUUUACGGUGUCCUUGAGUUUAGUUUAAUAAAGCUAAUUCGAACAUUUUUUUAGUCCCAAGGUUUCAUUAUGCUUGUUAAUUCGAAAUUUUGUGUAUUGAUAAAUAAAAUCUUAUGGAAAAAUUAGGGAAACGUUUUUAUUUUUAUUCAUUUUUAUUGCAUCAAUGGUGGCAAAAUUUCUUUAAAUUUAUCAAUAAAUUGGCAUUUCCAAUAAAAUAAGUUUACAAGGUAUUUGGAGGCCUUGCCCAUCGCCAAGCAAACAAUGUUAAAAGAUUUUUAUAAAAAGUUGUAGUAAAGUUGUAAUAAGUCAUAUUAGCAUAAAACCUUUAAACGUUUAUUAAAAUUCUUGUUUUUCCUGAACUUCCAAUAAUCCGAACAUUCGUUAAUUUAAACAAAUAAUUUAGUCCCUUGCGUGUUCGAAUUAACGGACGUCUACUGUGUAGAUAUUUUAAAUAAUUUGAUAAUAAAAUUUCUUUAGAAAUCGGUGUGUGUGAUGAACAUAAUAAUAAUGGUGUUAAAUUUGAAGCGAUUUUGAAACGAUUUGAACUGAAAUCAAUUUAACAAACUGUUGAAACGAAUUGAUGUUGAUAUUGUGAGACGAUUAUGAAACGAAUGCGAAACGAUUGCAUAACGAUUUUCGUUUCACCAAAAUGAUUUUAAACUACUUUGAAACGAAUUUGAAAUGAUUUUUUUCGGCAAAAAAUAUUUUCAAAUCGUUUUGAAUUCGUAUAGAGAUUGUUUCAAAAAAAAUUAUACGAAUUGAAACAAUUAUUUUCGAAACGAUCGUGGAGACGAUCCCUUAUAUAGCUUUCAUGCAAACAUCAUUUAUUUAGACAUUAGGCAUAAAAUUAGUUAAGUAUUAAUUGUUAUAAAAGAAUUUAAAGAAAUAUUUAUUGAACAAGCAAAUCAAACAAUUGUAAUUAAAUAAUACUGGGUCUUGUGAAAAAUUGCAGGCAUUUUUUUAGUCAUAAAUUGAAAGCUUAAAGCAAAUCAUAUGGAAAGAUCUGUGCAUUAAAUCUUAGAAUAUGUUUCAGUCUGUACUGAAAAAGAUGGAUGAUGAAUAUUUGGAUGCUGUAACUGAUGAUGCAGUGAAGAGGAUAAAAGUGACAGAAUGCUUGGCUUGCAAUGAAAAAUUCAUAAAGUCAAAGCAAUUGGUAAAAAUGCACAAAAAUACUCGGAAACAUCACGACAAAGUGAAGUUGUUUUUGGAAGAAGAUAACAAAAGUGUCAGGAAUUUAAAAGGUAGAGAAUGUUCUCGAAGUUACUCUGGCUUUGAAUGUAUGGUAUGUAAUGAAACAUUUGUACUUCCUGAUGAAAAGACAAAUGUCACUUCUACUGAAAACCAUAAGCAAACAGAAAUGCAUCAAACCAAUAUAAUGGAAUUUCAGCAAAAAAAUGUGAAAUCUGCAAAAAGUAAUAAGCAGGAAAUAACCCCAAUAUGCAGAGACACCAGCUUUUCAGAAAUUUAUGAGCAUAUUUCAAGAAAUAAUCUAAAGCAAUUGUUUGAAGCAGCAAAGAUUGAUGAAAUUGGUGAUGUAAAUAUAUUUAUUACCUCUGUAUUUGAAGAAGUCUUGGGCAAGUUUUGGCCUCAACCUAAAUCCCAAUUUCAUUGCCGUAUAUGCAAUUACAAAGAAUUUGCAACUUUACAUCUCAAGGAGGAACAUAUCACUUCGAUUAAACACAAGAGACUUGAAGAGAGCUAUGAAGAGGCCUUUUGUUUAGCUUGUCAAACUCACUGCAUUGAUCAACAAGGAAUGCAAAAACAUCUUCUAACAGAUGAUCAUACCAAGCUGGCAGAAAUGUUGACAAAAACUAAAAAAUUUGCAAUUGAAUAUUGGCAAGAAAGAACUGUUAUUGUAGAUGAGGAUGAAAACGCUGAUGCUACAACUAUUAAUUUAGAUAUCGAGGAUGCUUUUAUUAGCGAGCUGGGUUGUCUGUUAUGUAAUCGUAUCUUUAAAGUACGGACAAAGAGAAUUGUUAAGACUCAUAAAUCUUCUCAGAGACAUCAAAAGAAGUUACAAGCACUGUUAGAAUCCAAAAAAAAACCAAAACUUGAUAAGGAGCUUAUGGAAGAUUCUUAUAUACACAGAGAUGGAUGUACAUUGUGCUCUUUUAAGCAGCAUAUGCAUGACAAUAAUGAAGUGUGGAAACAUAAAAUAUCAAACAUACAUCAAAUGCAUCUGCAAAAAAUCCAAGGAAAACAAACUGUAUUUUCAUGUGAUGUCCAAUAUGAUGAAUUUGUUAGUUCUUCUGGAUGCUUAUUAUGCAACAUAGAUGAAAAUUUGUGCAGACAAAAGUAUUUACGACAUAAAGAUUCAGUUCAGCAUUUAUCAAUGUUGCGAACAAGAGGAAUGAGCCCCGCACAAAUAGCACUAAAAAAAGGUGAAGAUGGUGCUUUUGAAUUUGAUCAAAAAGAAAAAGACGUCUUAAAUGAUGAUACAGUAACAGACAAAGGAUGCCAACUCUGUGAUGUUGUGGGUAAUUUACAGGAUUUCAAAUGCAGAGCAAUUCACAUUUUAGGAAAAAGACACAAAGGAAACUUGAAAAAAUCAAAAGGUGCGAUAUCUGUUGGUGAUGCAUCACAAAAGACUAAUAACAGAUCUUUAAAGAGAAAACACAAACAUAAAGAGGCUGCAGAAUCAGAGACAAAAAUGUUGAAGCGUUCAUCCCAUUUGUCUAACAAUGAAUAUUUUCUAGAACCUUUAAAUCAAACACAUUAUAAUGAUUUCACUACAGAUUCGCUUUAUACAUCUUUUUAAAAAUAUAACAUUUUCACCCUCGAUCACUAUUGUACAUUGUUGUUGUUAUUGUGUUGAUAAAAAACAAUGGAAAAUUCAA